GCGGGCACGCUGCGGCCGCCGGGUCCGGCCCCCUCUGCCGCGGGCCGGGCCGGGCCGGGAUCACGUGCGCGCUGCCCGCGCGCGCGGGGCGGCGGCGGCGGGAUGGCGUGGCCGUGCAUCAGCCGCGUGUGCUGCCUGGCGCGGCUGUGGGGGCAGCUGGACAAGUCGGACCUGGCCGUGCCGCUCACCUUGCGCAGCUAUUCGGACAUCGACGAGCCGCCGCCGCCCGCCGGCCCCGCGGCCCCCAGCCCGCCCGAGACGCAGUAUCGCCGCGACUUCCGCGCCUGGCCCCUGCCGCGCCGCCCCCCCGCCGCCGCCGCCACCUCCUCCCCCUGGCCCGGCGGCCGCGAGGGCGGCGCCGUCUACGUGCUGCCCGCGGCGGAGCCCGCCCGGCCCCGCGCCGCCCGCCCGCCCCGCAGCCCCUGCCCGCCCGCCGCCGCCGCCACCUCCUCCUACAGGCAGGAAUAUCGUCCAUGGACUGGAGCAAAACCAUCAAAGCCUAUAAAGACAAAGCAAGGCUUCAUCAUUCCAGAAGGUCACUUUGUGCAAGAGACAAGCUACAGGGCAGAUUUUAAGAUUCCUGAAGCAAAGACCAAGUUUUCCCCCAAUCCUUCUGCAGUUUUCCAGGCACCAUCUCGUAUUCUCAAUGUGUGAACUUGGACUCAUUUUGCAUUCAGUCAGCUCAGACACGGGCUGUUAGUUAAAACGUACUGCUAUGCAACUUUCGUGAAGAGAGCUAAGAUCAAAGAGCCAAUAUUAUCAAAAGCAUCUACAGCAAUUAAUGGUAUAUACACAAUUCCUGUGAACACAAAAAUUGCAAAACACUUGAUUUGCAGUUGGCAAAACACACUGCAAGGAAUGACCUAGUUUGCAUGGAAACAAGCUUAUUACUAAGCCAGCUGGCAUCACAUUAGGAGAUUGACUUUGGGCAGCAAAGAUAGUAUUGCAGGCAUUGCUUAAUUGCAAUGGAGGGGGCAAGGGGGAAAAUCACAAGUGGGAAUCACUAUUAAAACCAAAAAAAGGUCUUAUUUAAUGGUCACCUCAAAAGUAGGUCAAUGAAAGAGUAUGACUGCUUGCUGAACUCCACCCCCCACUCUCCAGGUCUCACAUAUAUACAGUAAAUUAUUAUAGCAAAACAAAAAACCCCCAACAAAAUCAGUGGUUGGCCUUGAUUUUAGGGAUGUGUUUAAAAGGGUUUUUGUUUUUUUUUAAUUAUUGUAUCUUUGAAAUAUGUCACUGAGGAUUUAUGAUCAACUAUUGAGUAGUUCAGAAAUGUAAAAACCACCAGAUGUAGAGUAUUGAAUUUCUAAAGAAUAACAUGACUUCAAGAGAGAGUUCUGGAAGAGGAUGCAUCCAGACGUGGUUCUGAGUUGAUAACACAGCCGGGGUGCUGUAGAUUAUAUGGGCCCGACUCUAGUACAAAUCACAUAUUCUAGUUGCAUGUAAAGUGUAUGUAAAUAUUGUAAAUAGAUUUUAUGCAAUGAAUAUUUAUGAUCCUUUAAUAAAAAGGAUGUGUGCAGACUUUUAUUAAAUGUUAACUCUUUGUAUAUGCAAGGUGGAAAAUAUAUUGCCUUGAAUCUCCUGAAUUAUUGCCUGUAUAUUGGUAAUGCUCAUGCUAAAAUAACCAGAAGUGAAUGUUACAUAGAAACUUUGUUUUAUGGAUUACAUUCUACAUCUUUGUAACUUCAUUUUAAAGAUGGAACACUUUAAAUCCUAUUAUUCCAGCAAUCUUUUUUUUUAGAUAGUGUGGAUUUAUUUUUACUUACCAUGUGUAUUUUACAGAACCAUUUCUUAGCAAUGAGUUUCCAUCCAGAUUAGAUAUAAAUCCUUUGUGACGGGUUUAGAAUUUUUGUAGUAUAAAUUAGCUUAAUGCUUAUUUAAACAUUUUUCUGCAUUUUAUAAGUCAAAAAGAAAAAAUCCCUGUGUGUGUUUGAAAUCUGCCCAUAGAAUGAAAGGAAGUUAUCCUCUAACUUGAACAGUUAUUAGAUAUUCCUUCAUCUGUAAUGAACUGACUUUGAUAGAGGAUAAUUUUCUCUCAACCUUUUCAACUUAGACUGGUUUAAUAAACCUUUGGACUGUACAAAUACACUUCCAUUGCUGAGAAACCCUUCAAGAGCAAUUCCUGAAUUGGUAGCUUGUGGACAGCAUUUGAAAUUUGUCUGCAAGGGUGUAUUCUCGUUACGUUAUGUGAGGAUUUGGCGGAGCUGCUUCCACUAAAGCUGUAAGAUAGAAGCACUAAAACAGGUUUCAACCCCAGUAAAGACAACAUACUGAUUAAUGUGGGGCUUGCUGCAAUGAAGGACUAAAGUUCUUGCAUUCUUUAUACUUUGUGUUGGGACAUCCCUUCCCUUCUGCCAAUAAUCUAGUAUCAAUACUUGCAAAAAAAACUUUUUUGGGAAGACUCAUUUUUCAGGAAACUCAUUAAAAUAUUUAAACUGCACUAAAUAUUUUGCAUGUUAGCUGUUUCUAAGAAAAACAAAACCAAACCUGUUAGUCUGCCUGAAUUAAUGCAUUUAUAAAGUUUUUAACAGUUCUAACAGUUUCAGUUCGUUUCAACUUUGGAUUUUACUGAACAGCAAAAAACAUACUGCCUAUUCAAUUUUUUCUUUUUAACUAACUAUAUUUGUAGAAAACAAAUUGUAAACAAAAUGGUAAAUACAUUAAGCUUGUAUUUUAUCAAACAGACUGGAAGCUAAUUUAUUAAAGUGUAUUUUGGCUACUA